CGACUCUUUAAUUCUUUAAAAAAAUACGAGGUAAAAGACGCAACAAAAGGCACCUACUUCAAGCGGUGACUACUUGAGCGACAACAGCGCUCGUUGUUUGCCAUUUGCCCGACAAUGAGUCCACCAAUCAAUAAUUCAAAGCUAGCGCAUAUCGGAUCCGCGAGGAAGGACGAGGAAAUAUCCGGCAAUCUUUGCAGAUGGGUAUUUUCCAAUCCAUUUACUCGAAAUGGCCGUGUAGCAGCGCAAGAGCCUGCUGUCGCUCAAGGCAGGCAUGCGCUAGCCACUAUCAAUCCAAACACACCACUAAUGGUUGAUGGCACCACUGGAAUAUCCUUUACAUGGCAAGAUGUCUAUCAAGCCUCUCUUUCUCUAGCAGCCGGAAUAAUACAACUUCCUUUGCGCCCGCCAAGAACUCCACGCGCAACUGAGCCACAGACUGGAGCUGUUGUCCUUGUAUGCUUGCCCAAUUGUAUUCAAUUUCCUAUAGCUCUUUUUGGGAUCCUGAGCGCUGGCUAUACGGUCACAAUGGCCAGCACCGGCCUAACAGCCACAGAGCUCACGACUAUAAUCGAAGAGUCUCGCACGCAACUGGUGUUUACAACUCCGGAAAAUAGGCCUAAAAUUCGGGAAGCAUUGGCAAUCAUCAAAUCAACAUCAAUUCCCAUUUACACCAUUUCUCCAGACAGCCCCGACCUGAACAAUAUGCCAAGAACGCAUGCAGACAACAGCUGGCAAGAACUCAUGCUCGAUCCUCUCGUUGAACCGAUCCGAAUGGACUAUGCACAGGCAUCGCAGCAUGUAGCCGUCAUUCUUUGGUCAUCAGGAACGUCUGGUAAGCCAAAAGGCAUCAUCAUGACCCACCAAGCAUUCAUUGCAUCCAUCGUAUCGCUAUGGCAUGUGAACCCUCACUUUAGUGAGGGCGAGCGCUGGAUGGGUGUUGUGCCCUUUUACCACAUAUUCGGCCUAUUUGAACCAACGACAUUCUUGGACAUGAUCCCCAAGCACGCCAUUACCUGCUUACACAUGGCGCCGCCUGUCGCCUUACUAAUGGCGAAAAAUACGGCAUUACGGGCACAAGACUUUGCAUCAGUUCGAAAUGCGCUUUGUGGAGGGGCGCCAGUGGCAUGGAACGUUGUAGAGAGUAUCCAUAAGCGAUUGGGUCUACAGAUCCGCAUGGGCUACGGAUUAUCCGAGGCAGGAAGCGUCUCUAACCAGGUAGUACUCCAUGGCGAUAUCUCUGACCACAAGGGGCAUGUGGGAAUUCCUCUAUAUGGAGUUGAAUUGAAGAUUACAGAUACGAGCAACGCAAAUAUUACCGUGGCAGUAGGCAACCCAGGCAGAAUACUUGUGCGCUCUGGUGGCAUGAUGAAGGGCUAUCUGGACGAACCGAAGAAAACACGCGAAGCCCUGGAUGAAGAUGGUUGGUUUGAUACGGGAGACCUGGGGAUUAUAGACGAAAAGGGCCGUCUACACAUCACCGGACGUCUCAAGGACGUGAUCAAGGUCCGCGGUUUCCAGGUGUCCCCGGCUGAGCUGGAGGACAUUAUCCUAGCGCUGCCUUUUGUUGCCGACGUUGCCGUCGCUGCCGUUUGCCAUGAGGAGAGAGGUACUGAGUUGCCACGGGCCUACGUAGUGCCGACGGAUACACAACUACGCCUUGGGCUUUGCAACGGCCAAACAGACGCCGCGAAGCUGCUGCCUCUCGGCCAAGAUAUCCGAGCAUGUGUUGAGAAGAGCACCAUCCAUUACAAGUGGCUCAAAGGCAACAUAGUUUUUCUUGAUUCCAUCCCAAAGUCUCUAGCGGGCAAGAUUCUCCGCAAGGAUCUCAGCGACAAGUUAGGUGUGCUCUGUUGCAUCUAUGAGGACGGACUGGGCAAACGAACCGCGAAUUUGUAA